AAGGUUUGGGUUUUUUUUUCUUCUGAUUUCCACAGAGGAGUAUGGUCUGGAAAUAACCAACAAUGGUCCCAUCACAACGGGAGCUCAAGCUACUGUUCACGCCAGUCUAAACAUAAAGAAUGACAGUGUUGCAUCAAACUUUUAUCACUUCAACUGGAUUUAUGCUCCUCUGAUUCUGAUAGAGAAAUCUGAGCAGCGGUUUAACUCUGUAAUUAAUGUGACCGGUGAAUUUCCUGGGACUUUUCCCAUAUCUGUCUGGGUGACUCAUAGAAACUGUUGGUUAUGUCGGCCAGUUGCUAGAAACAUCACCGUGCUUCAGAUUACAGAAUUUAUCACAGGGACUCUUACCAUUGCCCAGAUAGAAGACAGUAGAUUUAUCACGCGUGGUUCUAGUUCCUCCACGAGCGCCGUGACCCGGAUUUCUUUCUGUCUUCAUGACCCAAGCCAUUACUUCAAGUCAGCAUCAUUUGUCUACAACUGGGAUUUUGGAGAUGGAGUUUAUCAGAUUACCAAGGAACCCUUUGUCUACUAUAACUGCUCUACCAUGGGGAAUCGCACGGUACAUCUGAAAGUCAUAGCUGAAUGGGAGCAAAUUGGAAGCAUCAUACAUGAAAAAGAAACGGUGCAGAAAACUGGUGAUUUUACCACCUCCCUGGAGCUGUUAGAUGCUGUUAAAAGUAUUAAUGUAGUGGGCUCCAGAGAGACUCAUGUGAUGGAAAACUUGAGUUUGUCUCUUCAUAUCAACGGCACCCCGCCGCUAGCAUUAUGCUGGCUUAUAAAGUCCGAGUGCAUUCCACUGGAAGGUGAAAAAUGCCAUCUGGUGGUGAUUAAUGGCUCCUGCUACAAUCUCAGCCAUACCUUCAGCGACGCUGGACAGUAUUGCCUCAGCGUCAGAGUGGAGAACGGCGUGACGAUGCUGCAGACGUACCAUGAAAUAAAAGUGUGGCCAACAGGCAUCCACCCGGCUUUCUUCGUCCUGCUCUGCAUCGCUCUGGCUUCAGUGAUGCUAGGACUGGUGCUGUACACAACCUUUCGAAGUAACACACAACAAAAAGAUCUUGUGGAGGUAGCUGACUUCGACUUUUCUCCACUGUCUGAUAAAAACCUGUCUUCUCAUUCAGAGUCAGGCUGUGGCCAAAUAUGUUGCAGAUCAUGUUUUCCUCAUUCAUCUCAAGAAGCUGCCAGGGAGAGUCAUGAACUUCUACAUUCUUUUUACAAGCCAGUCAAAACGUACACAGUGUGAAGAACACAAGUGCACUUUGGUUACACUAACUGCUGAGUUUAACUUUCUCACUUACGACGAGUUAAAAGCCCAGUGCUGCAUGGAUGGUUUGGUUUUGCCAAUGCAAUGAAGUUAACCACUUUAAGUCCAGCACUCGAGUGUUUCACUCUCUGAACUAAAAAAAAGCAAACCCUGAAACACAGUAAAAGUAGCUUUGUAUUUUUAAAUUAUACGGGUGUAUACAUUUACAGCUGUAAAUACAGCAUUUUAUUCUUAUGAAAGAUUGUUUUAUGUGCAGGUUUGCUACACUCACUACCUCUUGUAAUUCCUCUGUUCCUUCUGCUGUCUGUUUCAAAGAAGAGAAUGCUUAAGACAAACAUACCUCUCUCUCCUAUGUUACAACAAUAUUACUGGAAAUGGAAGUC